CGCUUUUGAGGCUCUCUUUCCUAGACGAGUCUUCCAGGUGUUUAUGGUUUUAAUGGUUCGUUUACCACUUUUUCUCGUUUGUGGAAACUGACUUUCUACUUUUAUCCAGAUUCAUUAAUGUUGACUUUUCUUCACAUCUCUACUUGAAUGUCUGUCGAUCAGGGCAGAAUUUGUUGCUUUUUGAAAUAUUUUCACCCUCAGUGGUUUAUUGAAUCUACAGGUAAGAGGAGAGCCAGACCUGGUUGUAGCAAAAACAAUUGAUUGAUUACAAUGAAUUGAUGAUUUAACGAUAUUUUCACCAUGUUGGUUUUGAUCCGUUUAGUUCAAGUGAACCAUCGUCGUCUCUUCAUCCUAAAACUUCCCCCUGUAGUCGGUAUGAACCAGGUUGGCAUUUUAAUACGCGGUGAAUAUUUACUGUGCACAUUUUAACAAAUAAAAAUCCUACAUAAUGUUUGAAACCUUAACAGUUUGCUGGUUAAUGCCAGUGGACUGUCUGCCCUCGGUGAACUUCAGGGGAAACUUCUUAGUUUUGGUGAGUUGUUGUGUUUUUUGGAGGCUGCUGAGCGACGCUGGCAGCCACAUUAACAAACACUCAGGCUAUAUCUGCAAGCGGAGAGCAUCUGACGAAUGCAUUGAAACUCCGCCAAACAGCCUCUUUUACCCCCUCCAGGGACGGGAGCAGCUCUACCCACAGCGCUGCAGGUUUUUGAAGCAGCACUCCAACUGCCUGUGAUUUUCAAAUUAAGCCAAGGUGAUAAAAGGAGUGGAGUGUUGUUGCAGAGUAACCUGAACAGGAGGGUGGGUGGAGUUCAUCUGGACGCAGCCAUGCACAAACGUUGGAGCAUUUCUCUAUAUUUUGCUUCCAAACACUUUGGAAGUGGCCUUGGUCAGAAGUUUGAAGUGUUUGUUUGAACUUGGUUUUACUUUGCAUUGAUUUUCAGUCCAAUCAUUAUUUCUGCAUGUUAUGCAGAGCAGAAAAAGCGUCUUAAUAAUAUAGUCUUUUGAAUAAUAUAGUCAGGAUUUUACUCUGAGAAUUGUAAUUUGAGUACAUUUAAUCAAGAAAAACAUAUUGGUCCAGCUCUAAACUGCAAAAACACAAAAUCUUAUCAAUUAUUUUAGACUCAUUUCUAGUGGAAAUGUCUUAGUACACUUUAAAUGAUGCAAAACUAACUUACUAGUAACUUUUCAGUGAGAAAUGGCAGCAAAUUUUAAUUUAUUGGCAAAAAAUACUAGAAAUAAUCGGGGAGAUUUUUUCACUUAACUAUUUUUCCACAUACAUUAAAAGCUUCUCCUUGGUUUGAUAUUAUUUCAAGUGUUUAAGAUAUUUGCACUACAAACAAGAACAAAUAAUCUUGAUAAGAUUUAGUGUUUUUGCAGUGUAGAUGGCAGGACAUCAGAGACUGAAAACCUUUUAAGGCUCAACUUUGAACUCUGUGGCCAAAUUUAGACAGAAAAGGUCGAACAGACACAAAAUCAACUUUUUUCCACAUUCAUGUUCUGAAUUAACAUAUUUAAUUUUCUCUCACUUCAAGUCAGUAAGUUUGGCGAAACCUGCAUAAAAGUUUUGUUUUUGCAGUGAUUUCAUACCUAAUUAUUGGACGUAAAAACAUUUAUGCCAACCUGCAGAAUUAUUGAGUCUUAGUUGUAUUUCAAGUGGCCAAAUGGAGGCAGUGGUUCAUGUUUCUGUGAUUUAUAAUAAACUUGUGUGAAAUUAUCUUAUGAUAUUUAAAAUAUUCCUUUUUGUUAUGUGAAAUCUAAUGUUAAAAAAGUGGAAGCAGGUUCAGCACCAUGGACAGCUCACUGCUCAGGUUCAAUCAACAGAAGAAAAAAUGUUUUUCUAGUUUAAUUUUCUCUCUUUGCUUCAUUGUUGGGUUUAAACUUUGAAUUGAAAUUUUCAUGCCAGCUUUUGAAAAUCAUAAAUGAAAAAUAAUUCAUAGUUUGGGAUGCUAAACAAAUGUUUUGACCAAACUUCAAAAAGCAUAAGGAAGGAGCAAAAUUUAUCAAAUAAAUCCCGUUUUUUUUCUCUCUUUUCUUUAUUUUUUAGCUGUUAAACCCAAAUAAAAGGAGCCAGUGGAGAUUCUGGCGUUUUCUUCCUUCAUCUUGUAAAAGAAGAUGGAAAACAAACAAAGCUGUAAAAGCUGCUGCUCAUAUUCUCGCUCCGCCAGCUGCCGCAUCGUUGUGCGUCUUUUAGAGCUGCCCGCUUUCCAAGACGGCGGCAUGUUGUUGCAUUGACGUCAAAAAGGAGCGGGCUGGAUGUAUAAAACCCUCAGACCUCUGGAGCCGCGGCUCACAGGACUUUCCAGAAUCAGACCAGACAUCUCUGAAAAGUUCAGCUGCAUCCACUGACGAAAAUCAAGACAUGAAGCCGGUCCCCCUCCUGCUGCUCCUCUCCUCGGUCCUCCUCUCGUCACACCCCCGCCCCGCCGCCGGCAGACCGCGCUCUCUCCCCGGCUGGCUGGAUGGCACCAGCCGCCUCCAGACGCAGCAGGUGGACGAUGUUCUCCUCAGGGCGGCCACGGAAGGCGCCGCCUCGGAUCUGGUGGGUGACCACCUGCUGCGGCUGCUCCAGCGGAGGGACCCGGACCGCCUCCACCUGCUGCUGCCGGAAGUUGACGGCGCGGAGACGGAGGAGGACGAGGCGCUGAGGACCGCGGAGCAGCUGCUGAAGCGCAGCGAGGAGCCGCCGCUCUCCAUCGACCUGACCUUCCACCUGCUGAGGAAUAUGAUCCAGAUGGCCAAGAUGGAGAGCCAGCGGGAGCAGGCUCAGCUCAACCGCAAGGUGCUCGACGAGGUGGGGAAGUGAAGCUUCCCGGGGAUUCCUCCAUGGCAGAGUCCAAAACCUCUGGCAUGAUGCGCCUGCCUUCCCCACUGGCAACACUUUACGCACACAUGGUGCCAUUUUACGCAUGUGUUUUUUGUUUGUUUUCAUCGAAGAGCGGUGACGGAAAACACGGAUCUUCUCAGACCCCCUCAUUCCCAUCAAUCCCCGCUAAACUGAACUGUAGUGGAUCUGCUUAUAAAGUGGAAACCACCCGA